AUUCUGUUGACAACUUGAUGUCUGAUACACAUGAGCUGGGUGGUUCGACUGUUGUUGUGGACAGGGCUACUCCUAAGGAGGAAGACUUCAAGCCAGCUAGAGUGACACAGGGUGGAUAUGGUGCAUACAAUGCUUAUAUUAAUGCAGCCACUAGAUAUGCCGCACUGGGUGCUCCAACAUUGUAUGAUAAUCCAGGCUCGGGUUAUGGAAGAGCAGAACCAAAUCGAGGAAUGGGUAAGAAGAUAUUCAUUGGCAGGCUUCCACAGGAAGCAAGUGUUGAAGAUCUCCGUCAAUAUUUUGGCAAAUUUGGCCGUAUUUUAGAUGUUUAUGUUCCCAAGGACCCAAAGAGAACUGGACAUAGAGGAUUUGGAUUUGUAACGUUUGCUGAAGAUGGUGUAGCGGAGCGUGUUUCCCGAAGACCUCAUGAGAUUUGUGGUCAGCAGAUUGCCAUAGAUUCAGCCACGCCACUUGAUGAAGCUGCUCCAAGUGGAAGUUACACGAUGGAGGGUACUGAUCUAUAUGGGGGCUACGGUGGCCCUAUGCGUACUUAUGGCAGGAUGUAUGGGAGCCUGGAUUAUGAUGAUUGGGGCUAUGGCAGUACAGGGCCUACAGGUGGAAGACCUUCAAGGAUGGACGUGCGGUACAGGCCAUACUAGAUGGGAAAAGUUAUUUUUCUUGACAAAUUGCCAAUUUUAGCGGAUCAUAUAUUAUAUGGUUCAGGAUCAAAUCAAAUUUCUAUCUGUAGCUUUUAUUCAGGAAAUUUAUACCUUAUUUUUAGUUGCUCAGUAAAUUUCUUUGAAUCAUGUAGCAUGGAGAUUUUACAUUAGUAGAAUUUGUCGUCAGUUACUUUCUUUUGUUUUCCUCAAAAAGAGUGAAAGAGGGGUUCCAGCA